ACAGAAAGCUGCGAAACUACUGAAAAAGCGCUUUCUACUUUAUCCUUUUCACUUUUCUCAAUUUACCCUCCCACACUUCACCUUUUCCAACAGCAGAAACCGCGUUUUUUCUAAGGUCAUAUAUGUCAUUUCAACCCCUGCUCUCAAACAGCUUUCUUCUCCUUAUCUGAGAAAGUUUAAUCCUUCCACACUAACGACUAAACAUUACCAACCAAAAUGGCUGAAAACGGCGAAGAGAAGUUACUCGCUGUGGCACGCCACAUAGCAAAGACGCUGGGCCACAACAACAUCAACAUGGCCGAUGAUAUCCUCCAAAUAUUCUCAAACUUCGACGGUAGAUUUUCUAAAGAGAAGCUAUCCGACGAAGGUGCAGGGAAUGAUCCCAUGCGCUACGCUGCGCUUGAACGAACUCUUAACUCUCUUAUUCGACGGAUUUCCCAUCAUCUGUCAUCCGAAAAUCCUAUAUGCUAUAAUUCCGCCGAUUUUGUCGCCGCCGUUGACGAACUGCUUGCUACUAUCGGCGACUGGAGUCCACUCUCCGAUGACAAAACCGUUGGCGCAUGCCUCCUCCGCGCCGAUGACAUGCUUCAGCAGGUUAUGUUUCGUGCAGGGGAAGAGUUUCGCUCACUCAUGGAACUUGGCGGUGAGUCGUUUGACUUGGCUCGGAACAACGGCGAGUCAACUCAGAACGGAAACUCACUUUACGACUCGAACGACGAUGAAGAAGAAACUGACGGCGAGGAGGACCUGACUCCGGUGGCGAAGCCGGUUACCAAUUAUGACGUUGUAAUUGAUGCACUUCCGCCGUCUACGGUGAACGAUCUCCGGGAAAUCGCAAGACGCAUGUUGGCGGCGGGGUUUGGGAAGGAGUGCUCACACGUGUACGUUAGUUGCAGGAGGCAGUUCUUAGAGGAGAGUUUCUCGAGGUUAGGGUUACAGAAACUAAGCAUUUCAGAAGUUCACAAGAUGCAAUGGCAGGAGCUUGAAGACGAGAUCGAACGAUGGAUUAAGGCCUCUAACGUCGCUCUCAAAAUCCUCUUCCCAAGCGAGCGGCGUCUCUGCGAUCGAGUCUUCUCCGGUUUGUCUUCCUCAGCCGCCGCCGCCGAUCUCUCCUUCAUGGAGGUCUGCCGCGGAUCAGCGAAUCAGCUUUUGAACUUCGCCGAUGCCGUCGCUAUCGGAAGUCGCUCGCCUGAACGGUUGUUCAGAGUCCUCGACGUGUUCGAAACCAUGCGUGACCUAAUUCCCGAAUUCGAAUCACUAUUCUCCGAUCAGUAUUGCUCGUUCCUCGUUAUCGAAGCGAUCACGAUUUGGAAGAGGUUAGGCGAAGCAAUUAGAGGAAUUUUCGUAGAAUUAGAGAAACUGAUCAGCCGUGAUCCGGUCAAGGCGAUGGUUCCCGGUGGCGGUCUUCAUCCCAUCACUCGUUAUGUGAUGAACUACCUCCGCGCCGUGUGCCGGUCGCAUCAAACCUUAGAAUUAGUUUUCAAAGACGAUGGACUUUCAUUGAAGGAUUACCCUAAGCACGAUGAUAGUUUACAAUCAAAUUCUUCGUUUUCGGUUCAAAUUUCUUGGAUUAUGGAUUUGUUAGAACGCAAUUUGGAAGCAAAGUCUAAAAUUUACAAAGACCCUGCUUUGUGCUCUGUUUUUAUGAUGAAUAAUGGGAGGUACAUUGUUCAAAAGGCUAAAGACAGUGAAUUAGGGAAACUUUUGGGUGAUGAUUGGAUCAAAAAACACACUGCCAAAAUUCGACAAUACCAUUCGAGCUAUCAAAGAAGCUCAUGUAACAAUUUGUUGGGGUUUCUGAAGGUGGAGACAUUGGCUGCAAAGCCCAUGAAGGAGAAACUCAAGAUGUUCAAUCUGCAUUUUGAAGAGAUAUGUAGGGUUCAAUCUCAGUGGGUUAUCUUUGAUGAACAGCUCAGGGAAGAAAUAAGGAUCUCCAUUGAAAAGCUCUUGUUGCCUGCAUAUGGAAGUUUUAUUGGAAGGUUCCAAAGUGUUCCGGAGCUAGUUAAGAAUGGUGAUAGGUAUAUCAAGUUUGGAAUGGAGGACAUUGAAGCUCGGGUUAACAAAUUGUUUCAGGGAAAUGGUGGCCGAAAGUGAAGUUAAAAAAAAGGCUACUGAUUCUUGUGUGUAUAUGUAUGAAUGUAGUAUGUAGUAUGAAUUUGUAGUGUAAUUAGGAUACUGAGUUUUGGAUGUAAUGAAUGUAGUCCACAUUUGCUAUCUAUCUGUAUGUAUACCAUUAUAUGUAUGCUUAUUUUCUCAGAUCAUAUGUUAUAUUUCCUAUGGAAAUUAUAUUCUGAAGUUAAUACAAUCUGAGUAGAAAAAUUUAAACAAACACUUUUGUUGUAAAUUGUAAGUUCCAAUUGGUGAUUUCCUUCAACUGUUCCAUUGUAGUAGGUACUUUAACUUGAAAUCUUAUAACAGGAUUAUUAAGAA